CCGAAGAGGAAGGACGGGGAGCCUGCGCGCGGUUCCCCUCUUGUGACCUUUGACCUAGAGGCAGAGACAGAGAGAGGGAGAAGUGGCUGAAGAAACGAUGGAUAUUUGACUGAAAACGUUGAUAUUUGACUGAAAACGUUGAUAUUUGACUGAAAACGUUGAUAUUUGACUGAAAACGUUGAUAUUUGACUGAAAACGUUGAUAUUUGACUGAAAACGUUGAUAUUUGACUGAAAACUUGACUGAAAAAACGUUGAAAUUUGACUGAAAAAAAAACGUUGGAAAUUUGACUGAAAAAAAACUUUGAUAUUUGACUAAAAAGUUCUGAAAAUUUACUUUAAAAAAACCUUACUUAUAAUGUACUUAAAACUUUCUUACAAUUUACUUUAAAAAACUUACUUAUAAUUUACUUAAAACUAACUUAUAAUAUACCAUAAAACUUACUAAUAAUUUACUUAAAACUUACUUAACACUUAGAAAUUACUUAAGAACGCAUAAAAAAGGAGAGAGAGAGAGAGAGAGAGAGAGAGAGAGAGAGAGAGAGAGAGAGAGAAUAUAAAAAAAAUAUGGCCGUCACCACCACCACCACCACCCCGUCGGCUUCCACCAAGACCCCAAACUUCCCCAACUUCAACCUCACUUUUCACCCACUUCCACCCAACGGACGCGGACACGGACAAGGCCAUUGGAUAGAGGAAGGAUUCAACUCCUCCGUCCGUGAUUUGCAGCCCCCCACGUCCGCUAGUCUGUCCGCUACGGAGUAUUAUGUGUCCGCCUUUUUUUUGCUCAUCAUCGCUGUGGCUGGUUUCGCAAACAAUAUGGCGGUGAUUUUGGUGAUGCUCAAAAAUAAACAUCUCCGGACGCCGCUGAAUGGUCUACUAUUCAACCUGGCACUAUCGGACAUGGGCAUCAGUCUCAUCGGCGCCCCGUUUUCUAUGAUAGCGUCCAUAGAAAACGGGUGGUGCUUCUCUGAGGGAUUCUGUGUUAUAUAUGCGUUCCUGAUGAGCAUAUUCGGCAUUACCUCCAUCACCACCCUGACGGUACUAUCCCUGCAACGGUGUCUCAUGAUAGUCAAGCCGCUACUAUUCCAAGAUUUGAAGAAUAGUCGUCUCUGGCUGACUAUUUUGACUAUCUGGGCCUAUUCGACUAUCCUGACCGCCCCCCCUCUGCUAGGCUGGGGCAAGUACGGGAUAGAAGGUCCUGGGAUUAGCUGCUCCGUGGACUGGGAAAGCAGAAACCUCAACAGCUCUACUUACAUCUUCUUCCUGUUUACUUUUGGCCUCGGACUCCCUCUACUUAUAAUGGGAGCCUCCUACGUGAAGAUCCUCCGGGCACUUAGAAAUCACUCGACUACUACGACCAUCGCGACUACUACUUCGAAGGCGGAGCGACGCGUGACUAUCAUGGUCUUCGUCAUGAUUACUACUUUCCUGGUCGCGUGGUUCCCCUAUGCUAUCUUCGCCUUGAUAGUAGCCCUGGAUAGUAGUAGUAGUAGUAGUAGUAGUAGUAGUAGUAGUAAUGGUAGUAGUUUCGGAAUGGUCGCUGUGGUACCCGCCAUCUUCGCUAAGUCUUCCUGUAUAUACAACCCAGUAAUAUACGUCGGUCUCAACACCCAGUUUCGCUCGGCUUGGCUGAGAUGCAUUCGCUGCUACCGAGGGGGAGAGGAUGGAAAACAACAAGGUACCAGACAACAACAACAACAACAGCGACUCACCACCGAGAAAAUAUCGCUAACCGGCAACUCCGACCACCUACCACAACUACCAAACCAACCACAACUACUACCAAAACUACCACAACCACUACAACCAGGACGGAAGGAGGAGCUGGUAGUGACCGUGGACGGGAGUGGUAGCGGCAAGAACCUGCUCACCAUCCCAAUGAGAGAUUUUAGAGCGAGUUCUCUCUCUACUCUCUCUAAUUCGGAAGAGAGAGAGAGUGUGAGCGAGAUGGUGUGAGCGAGAGAGAGAGAGAGAGAGAGAGAGAGAGAGAGAGAGAGAGAGAGAGAGAGAGAGAGGAGGAAGAAGAAGAAGAAGAGGAAGAAGAAGAAGAAGAAGAAGAAGAAGAAGAUAUAUAUAUAUUUCUAUGUGUACCAAAAAAAACAGCCAUGUGUACGUAUUUUAACGUGUGUACACAUAAUAUAUUAAUGUGUGUGUGUGUGUGUGUGUGUGUGUGUGUGUGUGUGUGUGUGUGUGUGUGUGUGUGUGUGUGUGUGUGUGUGUGUGUGUGUGUGUGUGUGUGUGUGUGUGUGUGUGUGUGUGUGUGUGUGUGUGUGUGUGUGUGUGUGAGAGAGAGAGAGAGAGAGAGAGAGAGAGAGAGAGAGAGAGAGAGAGAGAGAGAGAGAGAGAGAGAGAGAGAGAGUUACCAUAUAUAUAUAACUUAAUCUGUAUAUUAUUUUUAAACCGUAGAGAGAGAGAGAGAGAGAGAGAGAGAGAGAGAGAGAGAGAGAGAGAGAGAGAGAGAGAGAGAGAGAGAGAGAGAGAGAGAA